GCCAAAACCUGGAUACGAGGAAAUCAUGAUACUAACAUGUUACUUGUCGGGGACAUUAAACAUCAUUGCGCAAAACAGGAAAAGUUCACCUAAAGAUCUGGCUCAAAGAGUCGACUCAUUCCUGAACGACUCAUCACCUGUAAUGAAUCCUCCUUCCUAAAGCGAAAGUGUUUCUCACACAACAAGGACUGUGGAGUGGUUGGAAAAAGGUAGAAACGGUGAUAUUAAUCUCACACAACAAGGACUGUUGACUAAAGGAGUGUGCUCCAUUCCAGCAGAAGAGAUCAGACUCUUCAGGACUCAGCUGUGUGUUUGUGCAAACUUUACUAAUUUUCAAAGAUGGAGACCCCUGAUCUGGACACAGAUAAUGUUUCCCCACACUCAAAAACCAGGCAUGUUGGUCAUGUAGGCUGGGAUCCUAACACAGGAUUUGAUGUUAAUAAUCUAGACCCAGAACUGAAGAACCUGUUUGACAUGUGCGGUAUUUCUGAAGCCCAGCUAAAAGACCAGAAGACGUCAAAAGUUAUCUAUGAUUUUAUCGAGAAAAAAGGAGGAGUGGAGGCUGUAAAGACUGAGAUCAGAAGACAAGCCCCUCCCACUCCUCCUCCGCCCUCACGAAGUGGUGUUCCUCCUCCUGUCCAAAUGACUAAAGGAGUGUCUAAAAUGUUGUGCAGUAAACUCCAUGGAAAGAGAUCAGAAUCACCAGCACCCAGCCGUAUCUCAGUGAAGAGUGAUGAGUCUAUGUUCAUGCCUCUGAAUUUUAAAGAUGGAGACUCCUCACUUCUACACGGGCAUGUUGGUCAUGUAGGCUGGGAUCCUAACACAGGAUUUGAUGUUAAUAAUCUAGACCCAGAACUGAAGAAGCUGUUUGACGUGUGCGGUAUUUCUGAAGCCCAGCUAAAAGUCCAGAAGACAUCAAAAGUUAUCUAUGAUUUUAUUGAGAAAAAAGGAGGAGUGGAGGCUGUAAAAGAGUGAGAUCAGAAGACAAGAUGAAGAUGAUGAUGAUGAUGAUGAAGAUGACUUCGAGGAUGAGUAGGACUAGCAGCACUUUCUCCCCCCAGCUGAUCACGGCAUCUGAAAUGAAAACACUAAACUGUUUUCAGUCUCUAAAUCAUACUCUGAUUAUAAUUGAAAUCUUUGCUUUUUCUAUUAAUCUAUGUAAUACCUCAUUUCAUCAGGAAAAGGCUGGUCACAUUUUACCUUCCUAUAGGUUUCUUUAUCUUUAUCACAUACUUCUCAGUGUGAAAUUUACAUCAUGUUUUCUUGACUUGUAGUGUGGAAAGGGUUUUUUUUUUUCUUCUGAUCCAUCUUUUUACCAAAGGGAAGUGAAAGGAACAAAUUUAAUGUUGGCAAAUUUUACUGGAAGCGGGAACAGUAUUUGCAUACAUCUUUCUUCUGUACCUCACAUUUUCUAAAUUCAGAUUCUAGCGUUUUGUCAUUAUUUUCUUAAAAUCUUAAAGUUUGAUUUGUAUAUUUUUACAUUCAUUAAAGUCUAAAUCUGCUAUGUGAAUAGAGAAUAAUAUUACAGA